UAGGUAACUAGGGGCGUGGCUUGGAGGAAAAAGGACCAUAAAAGGUAAUUAGGGGCGUGGCCUGGUUGGAAUGUCAUUUUAAACCAUGAGGGGCGUGGCCUGGAUAAAAGUACAUCCGUAAAAGGAAAUGAGGCGGCGUGGCCUAGUAAAUGGCGCUGUACAAUCAAUGAGGGGGCGUGGCCUGAACGAAAGCACCUCUAUAGAAGGCAGUGGGGGCGUGGCCUGGGGACACCAGGUCCAUAAAAGGCAAUGAGGGGCGUGGCCUGAAGACCCACGUCUAUAAAAGGCAAUGAGGGGCGUGGCCUGGUGAGGAUUUUUAUAAAGCGCACUAAAAGGCCGCCUGAAUCCCUCCCCCCGCUCCAGUUCUCCUCCGUCCUCCGGAGCUGAGUCUGAGGGGGAUCGAGGGCGCCGUGGGGGCUUUGCGGUGGAUAAACCCUGGUGACGGAGCUGGGAGUGAUUUUGAGGCGAUUCCGGACGGUUUUGGGGCGGUUUUGGGGGGGAUUUUGAUGCUAAACCACCUUGGAGGACCCAAAAACACAGAGUUGACGCAGAGCGGCCGCCGGAAGGGGCGGCGCCACCACUGAGUUCCGCCCAGAGCGGCCCCAAGCGGGCGCCUCCCGUCACGUGAUCGCAACCCCGCGCUGCCAUUGGUGAAGAGAACCGGAAGUGGAGCGAGAGGCGGCGGAAGCGGCGGGGUUCGGCAUGGCGGGGUUCGGCGUGGCCAACGAGCGGCUGCGGGCGCUGGAGGAGCUGGAGCGCGAGAUCGGCGCCUCCCUGCAGAGCGCAGGUUCGGUGAUCCUGGAGCUGUCCAAGGAGAAGCCCCAGGAGCGGCACCUGGACCGCCAGGCCGCGCAGUUCGGCGCCGCCGUGGCCAAGGUGGAGGCCGAGCUCUCGGCCCAGAUCCGCUACCUGACCCAGGUGAGGCCCGGCCACGCCCCGCGGGGGUUGGGAGGGGCUUCGGGGGGGUUUGGGGGGACCCAGGUGAGUUUUUAA